AAGUUAUCGGAUAACAUUAUUGGUUGCGCAUCAUAAUAAAAACUAAUUUACGCAAAUAUUGCAUUUAAAGCAGAUUUAUUUGCAGUAAAUUUCAUUUAAAGCAUGGAGGACGUUAAGAAGAAAAAAUAUGCAAUUGUAUUUCGUUGCCCGGUGCCGAAGUGCUCCUAUUCCAGCAAACGGCUGUACAACCUGCAGCGCCACGAGAAGACGCACGGCAAGGAGCACUGGCGCUCGAAGAGAUUUCCAUGUCCCUGCUGCGCCUAUGCGGCCGCCACGCGGGCACAUCUGAAGCGGCACAUGGGCAACAAGCAUCCGACGGAGGAUAUUUCCAACCAUGAUCUAACUGUACUUGCCUACGAGGACUUUGAAACGCCGGCGGAAAAGCAAAUGAAGUCGUCGCCAACGGAGCAAAUUAAGGAUCCAAAUGAAGAGCCAAAGAGCACGCCUCAGUCACAGUCGAAAGAGGCGCCACUGCUUCUCGAGGGCCCAGUGACCGUGCUGCAAUUGGUGACGCCCUUAAGCCCGCAGUCGAGGCCCCAGCCGGGUGAGGUGUACUGUAAUGUAUCUCUCGAGGGCGAAGCCUUUCGCCUGAUCCCAGUCGAAUUUUUGCCGGUGGAAGCGGCAACGCAAGAGCUCUAACACACCCGCACGCACACAGAAACAGCGAAAGCCACACGAUGACCCACCCAGCGGGUGUUGCAAUCGAUCCUCACAUUUCUCCGUAAUCAGCGGCGUCCGGCAUUUGUGUAGAUGCAUUUAGAAGAAUCACGGAAGUCUUACAAUGCAGGGAAAUGAAAUAUAUUCAGUUUGUGGGUGAGAAAAGGUUUUGCAAUGCCGGAAAAUGUGCAGUUGAGUGAUGGAAUGCCAAAUACAGUGAAAGCUGCCUAGUAUGGACACCUAGGGAAAGGUCUUGUUGAACAUCUUUAACAACAUUUUAUUCUUAUGAGUGCUAAGGAUAAGUCAAAACUUGUUUUUAAAAACUUUUUUGCGCAAAACAUUAGCGAAUUAUCGAAUGCUUCAA